UUCGGUUAAUUAGAACUGCUGUGCACACCGAGAGCAACUUCGAGCAAGGAAUACUGUUCGGAAGAGACAUACGGAACGGAUUUAUUUUUUAUACGUUUUUAUUAUACAUUUUAGAGACUUUACGGAAAGGAUUUUAAUCGGAUGGGGCGGCUACGAAGUAUAGAGUUAGGAGUAAUUCUUCUCUUAAUCCAGACGUUCAGGUCGGGAUUUUGUGAAGAGGCAGCGCCAUGCCAGCCAAGUUUCGAUGCAGAAGUUUUUGUAUUCCCGGUGCAUAGAGAACGUCUUCACGUGGGAAGGAAACUAGGAAAAGUUCGCUUUGAUGACUGCGGCCGUCCACAGAAGCUCUUUCAGGCAAAAAACAGUUCGCACAUUAAAGUGGAGCCGGACGGGACUGUGCGUGUCAGUCGGCCCGUCACGCUGCACGGAGCAGAGAGGAACUUCACAAUCCGCAUUUAUGGCUCAAAGAGCCAACGGAAGUCGGCCACGAUCAGACUGGCUCGCGUAUCCACACACGGUGGCCAUCAUGGGAUUCACCACCCCAACCCACCCCAUCAACACCAGCAUGAGCAUCAGCACCCUGAACAGCACUCUGCAGCUCUUCCAGUGCUGAUGUUUCCACGCUCUUCCAAAGGGCUGAAGAGGCAGAAGAGGGACUGGGUCAUUCCCCCCAUCAACUUCCCAGAGAACGACAGAGGCCCCUUCCCCAAACAGAUGGUGCAGAUCAGAUCCAGCAGGGAUAAGGAAGUGCCGGUGCAAUACAAAAUCACUGGGCCUGGGGCAGAUCAGCCCCCUGUUCAGCUCUUCAAAAUUGACCGAGACUCUGGCUGGCUCAGUGUCACACAGCCUUUGGACCGAGAGACGCAAGAUAAAUAUAAACUCUUUGCUCACGCUGAAGCAGUGGGUGAAACUAUUGCGGCCGAGGAUCCCAUGGAAAUUAGCAUCUUUGUCAUCGAUCAGAACGACGAGAAACCCAAAUUCACUGAAGAAACCUUUCUUGGCGAGUUAGCUGAAGGAUCCAAAGCAGGUUUUGAAUUCAUGAAGGUGACCGCUGUUGAUCUAGAUGCACCUGGUUCAGCUAAUGCUGACAUUAGAUACAAAAUUGUGAGCCAAGACCCAGAGAGUCCAUCACAAGAGAUGUUCUUUAUUAACCCUAUAACUGGAGGGAUCCAACUUAAAACAGAGGGGCUGGACAGAGAGAACUUUCCUAAAUAUACAUUGGUAAUUAGCGCUGCUGAUAUGGAGGGGAACGGCCUCUCAACCACCUGCAAAGCAAGCAUCACAGUAACCGACAGCAACGACAACGCUCCUCAGUUUGACCCAAAUUCAUACACAGUGACUGUGCCUGAGAAUGCAGUGGGUGCCGUAGUGGUGAAAAUGCCAGUGACUGAUGGGGAUGAACCUCACACACUAGCCUGGUCAACUAAAUACAAGAUUAUUGAAGGAGACAAUGGAGGGUUCUUCAAUGUUACCACUGGACCCAGCAAGCUGGAGGGCAUUAUUACUACAGUCAAGGGCCUUGAUUUUGAGAAGAACGCAAAGUACACCUUGUUGGUCACCGUGGAGAACGAUGCCCCUUUUGUCACCAAUAUGCUAACCUCCACUGCCACAGUUAUUGUGAACGUGAAGGAUGUGAACGAGGCCCCAGUGUUUAAUCCAGCCGAGAAGGUGGUCAUUAAACCAGAGAACCUGGAAACUGGUGCUGACAUAAUUGCAUAUACAGCAACUGACCCUGACACGGCAAGAAAUCAGAAAGUGUGGUAUAAAUCGGGCGAUGAUCCAGCUGGAUGGCUGAACGUCAAUAAAGAGACUGGACUUAUCAAAGUGAGGAGCCCCAUGGAUAGAGAAUCUCCCUUUGUCAUAGGGGGCAGAUACCGGGCCCUCAUCCUGGCCAUUGAUGACGAUGAUGUCCCUGCAACGGGAACCGGGACUCUGCUGAUUGAGCUGGAAGAUGUAAAUGACAACGCUCCCACAAUCGAGGAGAGGGUGAUCACAAUCUGUAACCAAGAAUCUCAGCCCGUGACGCUGUCCGUCACUGACCGAGACGGGCCUGGAUUCACCUCCCCUUUCCGGGUGGAUCUACAGGGAAUGAACGCGAACAACUGGACAGCUCGCAUGAAUGGCACAAAGACGGGCAUAAUACUAGGACUGAAAAUCUUUUUGGACCAGGCUGACUACAACGUUGUACUCCGUGUAUAUGACAACAACGGAAUGUUCCAAGAUAACACUGUCCUUGCAAAAGUGUGCGACUGCAAAGGAAAUGACUACUCGUGCGCCAAUAAGGCUGUGGCCGGUGUAGGCCUGCCAGGAAUUCUGGGAAUUUUGGGAGCGAUCCUGCUUUUACUCUUGCUGGGGCUGCUGCUCCUCAUGUUCAUGAGGAGGAGGAGCAGACCGGAGAAGGGGGAUCCUCUCCUCCCUGAGGACGUUCGGGACAACCUCUACUACUACGACGAGGAGGGCGGCGGGGAGGAGGACCAGGACUACGACCUGAGCCAGCUGCACCGCGGACUGGACAACCGGCCCGAGAUCAUCCGCGAUGACGUGCUGCCCACGUUCCUGACCGCCGACGUUCCGCAUUACCGGCCCCGACCCGCCAACCCUGAGGACCUUGGAAACUUCAUCGAUGACAACCUGAAGGCCGCGGACAGCGACCCCACCGCCCCGCCGUACGACUCCCUCCUGGUGUUCGACUACGAAGGGGGCGGCUCAGAGGCUCAGUCCCUCAGCUCCCUCAACUCCUCCAGCUCCGGGGACCAGGACUACGACCGCCUGGCCGAAUGGGGGCCGCGCUUCAAGAAGCUGGCCGACAUGUACGGCGGCGGGGAAGACGAAGACUGAGCGCCGCCUCGCUCCUCACCUGGGCAUCGGGGAGAAAUCUGAUCCAACCUGGGAGGAGGGGGGGGGGGGGGGGGA